AAUAGCUGGUUUCUAUCUGGUCUUAACCUGGUCAUUAGCGGAUCCAAGUUUGUUAUUAACUGAAUAAAGCUGAUAGACCAUCUUGGACCAGCAACAAACCAGCUAUCACAUGAUCCUAAAGUGGUCUAGCUGGUUUCUGAAACAUGAUAACUGGUUUCUAACACGUUUGAGCUGGUCAUCAGGUGGUGCAAGCUGGAAGACCAUGUUGGAUCAGCAACAAGGUUUGGGAGGGAGAUCUCCUCUUAUGUCAUGCAUGAUGAGUGUGGAUGUGAAGAAACUAAAAGUGAAUGAGCUGAAAGAGGAGUUGCAGAAGCGUGGACUGGACACCCAAGGCCUCAAAGUGGAUCUGAUUGAGCGGCUGCAGGCGGCUCUGGAGGCUGAAAAGGAACCCACCUGCAAUGAUGAGACAGAAGCAGGUGUUGCAGAGGCUGGGAAUGAUGAGUUUUCUGACCAAGGGCAGAUGGCUGGUGAGAAAGAGGGCUCUGAUAUACACCCCAGUGUUUCUGAAGUCCCUAAAGAUGAAAAUAAACCAGAGACUGUGAAUGUACAACAGGCAAUCGUUGAGACGAUCUCCAAGGAGGAGCCCUGUUAUUGUUUCACAGAACAUGAAGUGGCACCAGUAAAGGUGAAAAAUGAGGAUGAGAUAAAGACGGAGCAACAAGAACUGCAGUGUUCUGACCCCGGCUGUGAAUGGGAAGAUCAAGAGAGCCAACAGAAUGCAGAAAGCAAGACUGAACAAGACGCACAUGCACAUUAUGGCCACAAGAGGCACUAUGAUGAAAUCCACGGUUACAGCUAUUAUGAACACCGUGAAGACAGGAGGUCCCACUCAACUCUGCCUCCUGCUGAAGAGGAUGAGGAAGACUUUGAUGGCACACUAGUGGUCAUUGAUACUUAUAACUGCGACUUGCACUUCAAAGUCUCUCGAGACCGUUGCAGCGGCUAUCCUUUAACCAUCGAGGGGUUUGCUUACCUAUGGUCUGGAGCACGAGCAACAUAUGGUGUAAAUAAGGGACGCGUGUGCUAUGAGCUGAAGGUUCUGGAAUAUCUACCAGUGAAGCAACUUCCCAGCAGUGAGCCUGACCCUCAUGUCGUGAGAGUCGGGUGGUCUCUGGAUUCCUGCAGCACACAGCUUGGAGAGGAGGCAGUCUCUUAUGGGUAUGGCGGAACAGGGAAAAAGUCUACCUGUUGCAAAUUUGAAGAUUACGGAGAGAAAUUUGGUGAAAGUGAUGUCAUUGGAUGUUAUAUUGACUUUGACAGUCAUGCGCAGGUGGAAAUGGCUUUCUCAAAGAACGGGAAGUGGCUUGAUGUGGCAUUUCAUGUAUCUAAAGAAGAACUGGCUGGUCGUGCACUGUAUCCUCACAUCCUGGUGAAGAACUGCUCUGUUGGGUUUAACUUCGGGCAACGAGUGGAUCCGUUCUUUCCUUUGCAAGAUGGCUACACAUUUAUCGGGGCUGUCAACAUAGAGAACAGGGUCAGAGGAACUGUUGGUCCCACCAACAAAUCUGAUUUUGAGGUCCUGAUGAUGGUUGGUCUUCCUGCUUGCGGUAAAACCACAUGGGCCACUAAGCAUGCAAAGAUGAACCCAGAGAAGAAGUACAACAUCCUGGGCACAAACGCCAUCAUGGAGAACAUGAAGAUGAUGGGAUUGCGUCGCCAGCGAAACUAUGCUGGGCGCUGGGACAUCCUGAUUCAGCAGGCCACUCAGUGCCUGAACCGACUGAUCCAGAUUGCUGCCCGCAAAAGACGGAACUACAUUUUGGAUCAGACAAAUGUAUAUGGAUCAGCCCAGAGACGAAAAAUGCAUCCUUUUGAAGGGUUUCAUCGCAAGGCUAUUGUAAUUUGUCCCACGGACGAGGAUUUAAAAGAGCGAACGUUUAAGCAAACUCAUGAGGAAGGGAAGGAUGUGCCCGAUCAUGCUGUUUUAGAAAUGAAAGCCAACUUUGUGCUGCCAGAGGUUGGAGACUUCCUGGAUGAAGUGACCUACGUUGAGCUGCAAAGAGAAGAGGCUGAUGAGCUGGUCAAACGGUACAAUGAGGAGGGCCGGAAGGCUGGGCCUCCGCCUGAGAAACGCUUCGAUAACUGGGGACACCGUAGACGUGAAAGCAGCUACCAGCGGUACGACAACCACGGAGGGUUGAGAGGAGGCCAUCAGAACAGAGGAGGUUAUAACCGCGAUGGCUACAAUCCGAACCGCUGGGGAGGGAAUCACAAAGACCGUCGAGAUGGAUACAGCAGCAACCAUCAGUCUGGAGGAAGCUACACUAACAACCGCUAUGGCUUAUAUAACAAAGAGGGAUAUAGCAGAAGCUACAAUCAGGGUUAUAAUCAAGGCUACAACCAGGAUAACUAUAGCCAAGGAAACUACAACCAAGGCUGCUAUGGCAGCUACAACCAAUACCCAGAUUAUGGGCAUGGUUACCAUGACAAUCAAGGAUCUGGACAAUCGUAUAACCAGCAGAACUACAAUCAGCAGUAUCAACAGUAUGUGCAGCAGUGGCAGCAGUAUUAUCAGAAUCAGAGCCAGUGGAACCAGUACUACGCUCAAUAUGGGAAUUACUCUGGACAGCAGGGCAGCCAGAGCUCACACGGCUCACAGUAAUCAGGAAGCACCUCCGCAAUCACACA